AGCGUAGCGGUGGUCCUGAAUAAGCUUGUCAACCUUUCUGGUUGCUUAGAAAUUCAAAUUUAAGAACCUCGAUUCGCUAUCCUUCACAUGGUCGAAUAUCGGGUUGGCCAGUCACUUUCAACAUGAUCCGUCCAAGCGAACUCACGCGGUCGAAACUAUUCACCCUAUUCCUCCUGGUGGGUGUGUUGGCCAGAGGAGCAGCCGCCGCAACCUGCAAUGGCCACGCGGCUCUCUGCGAUCGCCGAUACAGCAACAUAACCUUCAUCGGCUCGCACGACAGCGCGUUCGUCGGUACGGGCCUCGCCGACAACCAACUCGAGCCCAUCGACCGUCAACUCGCGAGCGGGAUACGCUUUCUGCAAAUCCAAACGCACGACAGCAAUGGGACGAUUGAACUAUGCCAUACUCUCUGCUUACUCGAAGAUGCCGGUACUUUGAGUGGUUAUUUGGGCACCGUCAAAACGUUUUUGGAUAGUAAUCCUGAGGAGGUGAUCACGUUGUUACUUACUAACCCGGAUAAGAAGACGGGUAUAGAGUUCAAUGAGGUUUUUCAGGGGGCUGGGGUGGAUGUUUAUGCGUUUGUUCCGCCGGGGAAUUUGACGUUGGAUACUUGGCCUACUUUGGGAGAGAUGGUGGGGAGUGGAAAGAGGUUGGUCGUGUUUAUGGACUAUCUGGCUGAUAAAUCGGUGCCGUACAUUCUGGAUGAGUUUAACUCAUUCAUGUUUGAAACACCAUUCGAUACGACCGAUCCAGUCUUCCCACAAUGCAAUAUCGAUCGACCAUCUGGAGCGUCCCCUGCAGGCCGCAUGUCCCUUGUCAACCAUUUCUUGGACACCAACACAUCCGGUCUCCUAAUCCCAGAUAGGAGUGCGGCAGAAACGACCAACUCCGCUGCAUCAAUUAUGGCGCAGGUCAACAUCUGCACAGGUUUAUACAACCGCAACCCAAACUUCAUUCUGCUUGACUGGAUCAGCAUCGGAGAUGCCAUAACUGUUCAAGAUCAACUUAAUGGGGAAAAUUCCACCCAAGUGUCUACUCCGGCGAAUCAAACUUCUGAGAACUCGGGUCAGACUGGUGGUUCUCAGCAGGAUCCAAGUAAAGAAACUGGAGGUCAAGGACCAGCAACUGAUUCGGUGGCUAAUUCACUUUUUCAGCGCUGGCGAGAGACCCCAUCUAAUAUUGCAGUUGUGUUGGCUUGUACUAUUUUAUUUAUGGCUAUUUAACAUGAUGGAUGCAUGGGUCUCGUGGCACCGGGUCAAACUCAAGAGAAGGGAAUCGGCACGCCUGUAUCGUUCGUUGCAGCCAGGAAAUAUUAUCUUCUUAGAUUCUCCCAAUGGAG